AAUGACCACAUAAAUCAACAUUGCUGUUGAAUAUUAUGUUCUAAAUCUCAUUAAGAACUUUAAAUUGUAAUUAAUCCUGUUAUAAAUUAUAGAUAAAAUAAAAUAUGAAAAUUAUAAACUUUCUUAGGCUUUUACACUUGUAGCACAAAAUGAAUACAGAAAGUAAGGUAGAUGAAAAUUCUGAAAACGUAGACAAAAAUGGGCAAAGUACGGAAGACAGUGAAAAUUUAGGAGAAGAUGAUGGAAUUGAGCCUGGUGAAUUACCUUCUAUAAAUGAAAGUGGUGGUGAUUGUGAAGUCAAUGUGUUGGAAGAUAUUUUAGGAGCAGAUGGCGGACAUGAUGAUCUUCAGAAGGAAUUGGAUGACAGUGCCAGCAAAAAAGUGGCCACCCCAAAGACGAAAAAAGCAAAAGCCACACCUAAAAGAAAAUCUAGUCGGAAAACUAAAAACUCAGCAGCAAAGACAAAAAUAGAAGAAGUUGAAUCAACUGUUAAAAAUAAGGUUGAAAGCGAAGUGACAGUGCCAAAAGGAGAACCUAAGACUAGUGACGAACAGAUAGUUAAAACAGAGCAAGGUGAAAAAGUUAUGUCUAUGGAGAAUAAAGAAGUCAAGAAUGAAAAUAUCUCCAAAUCAAAAGAGAAACCUGUCAAAACAAAGACUGCAAAUAAGAAGUCUGGUAAGACAGCUACUCCAUCUCAGAAAGCUUCAAAACCUGUAAACUCUGUUGGAGCAAAAGUCAAAACAAUCACAGCUAAAGUUGUGAAAACACCGAAAGGAACUUCCAAGACUGGCAAAGGAACAAAGAAGAGUAAAAAAGAAGUGAUUGAAAAAAAAGAAGAGAAGAAAGAAGGACAAGGUAAAAAAGUUGAAGAAACUGCUCCUGUUGAAGACGCUGACACUGAUGCUGUACAAGAAGAAACAUUAGAAAAAAAAGAGAAAAUGUUAGAAAAAAUGACUGCUCCUCCAACAGUCUCGAAAGACACAGAGAAAAAAGAAGUAAAGCCUAAGAAGGAAAAGUCAGCGGACCGUAAAAGAAAAGGCAGUACUAAUCCAGCAGCAGAAGCGAAAGCUAAGAAACCGAAAGAAGUCAAAUCUAAAAGUGAUAAAUCUGAGAAGCAGAAGGAAGAGCAAUUACUAGAUACUGGUGUUAAAGAAGAGCAACCAAGUGAAGAAGAUAUGAAAGUAAUAGAUGAUGUUGAUGAAGAAUUAUCUGAUCAUGGAAGCAAUUAUUCCCAUGCAAGCUCGUUUUCCCAUUCAUUUUCAAGGUCACCAUCGUUUUCUGGAAGUUUUACUGGAUCCUUUUCUGGUUCAUUAUCAUUGUCAUCAUUUUCUGGAUCUAACACUUCCUUAGAUUCACUUGGUAAAGAAGGUGUAAAAAAGAAAAGAAAAAGUCGAAAGCACACAGAUGAUCAAGAGCAUAACGAAGCAUUGCAACAACACAAAGAAUUUGUUGAUUCCCUCUUAAAAGGUGCUCGUUACUUCAUUGUGAAAAGUAACAAUCAUGAAAAUGUUACUUUGUCUAAAGCUAAGGGUGUUUGGGCUACUCCUCCUGCAAAUGAGAGGAAACUAAAUGAUGCUUAUAGGCAUUCAACAAACGUAAUAUUAGUGUAUUCUGUCAAAGAAAGUGGUCGAUUUCAAGGAUUUGCUAGAUUGGCGUCAGAAUCUCGUCAUGAUGGUAUUCCUGUCCCUUGGGUAUUGCCACCAGGUUUCGACAGGAGAAUACUUGGAGGAACCUUCAAAAUCGAUUGGCUCAACAGAAAAGAUGUCCCAUUUUCCCAGUGCGCGAAUUUAAGAAAUCCUUGGAAUGAAAAUAAAGAAGUUAAAAUUUGUCGAGAUGGUCAGGAGUUAGAGCCUAGUGUUGGAGAAGUACUUUGUCGUAUGUUCGAGGAAGAUUUAACUAUAGACCUUUCCCGAGUGGCUCGCCACUUAAAACAAAGAAAAAAGCUUGGUAGUCAAAUGGGGCAUAAACGUGAAUACCAUCCAAGGUUUAGGGGUGGUGGUCAACGUGGAAACUGGAGAGGAGGUAGGGGAGACUUUCGAGGUGGAUUUAGAGGAGACCGUGGACGCUUUGGUGAAAGACGAGGAGGAUAUUCAAGAGAUACUGAUGGGAGAGGCCACUACGAAGACAGAGGUUUUCAAGACAGAAGCCAUUACAACGGUGGAGAUGCAAGAUACCAAGAUGUUCGAGGGCGUGGACGGCCAAACAGAUACGGUCACAACGAGCGAUUUAAUGAACACUUCUCACGCAACAGGUCUCGUUCUCCAGAAUACCGCCGUGACCGCGAUCGAGAGUCUCGUGAGCGAAAACACAGAGAUAAAGUAAAGGAAUUCCUGAAGAAUGACAAGGCGAAAUUUGGUGUUCGAAAAGAAACUCUGUUACACGGAUCUUAUUCUGAUUAUGUUAGAGAGUUUCAAAGACAGAAACAAAUAAGGAGUUCAUCAUCUUAUUAUCCUUCAUCAUCGUCUAAUCAUCAUCAUUAUGAACAUCGCAGUUCUGGUAGCAGUCGUUCUCACUACCAUGACCCGAAAGAGGCGGCUGAAGCUUUUUUAAGGCGACCAAGAAGAUGAUUGGACGAAAUCUCAACAUGGCGUGCUGGUGACGUACCGUUGGAAUUUUAUAAUCAUUUAGACGACGAGCGACGUUGGUUUGUGCCGAUAUAGAUUGCACUACGUCAAAUCGUUUAUCAAGAGGCUCUACUCUAUUUGUAAAUAUUAUUUUUAUUAAAUUUGGAUAAGAAAAAUCUGAUAUUUUA